AUGGAAGCGGCACUAGAGCAAUAUCUUGUUCUCGCCAGGACAGCUAAAGGUAAAGCAUGCGAAGCUCUCAUUAUGCAAGCAAUAGGUAACCCUCACACUUUUGUUUUCGGCGAACUCUUAAGAUAUGUUGAGCAAGCUGGUGUUUCUCCUGAAUACCUAAAUUUAUUAGAAAUUUUCACUUAUGGUACACUUGCAGACUAUCAAAAGGCUCAGCCAAACAUUCCUGAACUCACCCCAGCGCAGCUAAAGAAAUUAAAGAUGCUCACGCUUGCAACUUUAGCAUCUGAGCAAACAGUUCUUCCAUAUAGUCAUCUUCAACAAGUGCUCAAUAUUUCUUCUGUCAGAGAAUUGGAAGACUUGAUAAUUGAUUCAAUAUAUGAAGGCCUUAUUAAUGGAAAAAUUGAUCACAAGCUUUCAGCUCUAAAAGUAAUGUCUGCAUUUGGAAGAGAUGUCAGGGCUGAUAAAAUCCCUGACUUAUUAUCUAAGUUCAGCAACUAUAUUCAAUACAUUGAACUUGUAGAAGGACUUAUAGAAAGGCAAGUAAAGAAUUUUGCAGCAGAUAAUGAAAAAGCCAAAAAGAGAAAAGCGAAAUUUGUAGAAAAUCAAGCAAAAGCAGCCGAAGAGGCAAAGGCCAUGCUGGAAGCCAGUGAGAAAUUUGAUUCAGGAGAAGGGAAAGAAGGGGGGAGAAAAGGAAAAUCAUUUUUAAAAGCCUUUUGGUAA